AUGAAGAAUUAAACGUCUAGUAUUUCAACAUCAUCCCAUUAAGAUUUGCUUAAAUUCAUAUCUCAGAGUAAAUUACCUUAGGCAAUCUCAACUACAACUUCCAUCACUGGUAAGCAGCCAUUUUCCCCUGUAAGUUAAAAGGAAAGAGUGAAGCCUCUCAGCGGAUUCUUAUUAAAUCAAUAUACAACUACUACCACAGCCACUCACACUCAAAAUGAAUUCCAAGACCAGACAGCAAUGAGUUCUAAAUUCACAUAAAGCUCACAUUACUUGAAAUCUAAGACUAAUUAGAACACUCUUGGUUUUCCCUCUGAGUCAUUCUAGUUUCAAUCGAUUCAAGGAGAUGACAGAGUAGAUCACAAGAAAAGUCAAGUGAUCAAUAACAAGUUGAGUCCUAUUGAGUUGCAAAGAAUUCAAGAAAAAGUCAUUGUUGAGGGAGUUAUCAAGACUAAAAUUGAAAAUAAUAAGGCUAAAUUAAGGAAGUUUGUAAAAUAGGGUAUCUAAGGUAACAAUCAAAAGCAAGAAGUCAAGAGAGAGAUAUCUCCACUGGUAAUACAAAGAGCUUACGACUAUAACCCGUCGAAAACUAUGCGCAGUCAAACAACAAGUUCUAGUGGCAGCAGGCCUUCCCAUCAAGGCUACACCAACAACCAUAGAAACCAUUUUGUAAAAACCGUAUAUACAAGUCUAUCACCUGUCAGAUCUCAGAACAAAAAUAAGCAGCUAAACAAAUUUGAUUCAAACUAGCAAAACAUCAUCAGUCAUAGAUCUCUAAGCAAUAAAUAAAGAAAUCCUAUAAAUAUUAAUUAAUUGGCAAGAAACCCAUAGUAAUUGAAAUCUGCUCACACGCUAAGCAGCUAAGAGUCUUAAUAAAUUAACAACACUAAUCCUUUCAAUGAAUAGGAGAACAUUGACUACAACAUUAUGAGUGUUGGAAGUCAGCAUAAUUCUAUCACCCCGAUUAGAAUAAGCAAUUUGAAUUUCAAAAACUAGCAGGCUUUGAUGUCCACUAAUUGCUUUAGCUCUUAGGACUAAUAAGAAUCUAGCAAAUAAGAUCUAAACUACGUGGUAUAGGAAAUAGAAAGAUUAAAAAUCAUGCACAAUGAAGAGAUAGGAGUUCUAAAAAGAAAACUAGUUGACACAGAAAAAAGAUUCGUGCUGCUAUGGGAGCAUGUCAAGGAAAAUGGAAGGAGGAAUGAUCAAAGAAUAACUGAGAUUCAGCAGAAGAUGAAUCAUUAAAGUCUGAUAAAACUUCACAAAAAAGCAAGUCCCUUAAAUAAUCCCAGUAUCAUAAGUUCAGAAUAAAAGAGAAGUAUGGAAAGGGGGUAAAUGAUUCUAUUUUCCGACGAUAAGCAACAGACUAAGUCAUUAUUCAACAUUGCUGAUCUGAAUUCACCACAAUAAUUGUAGUAAUAAAACAAUAAUCAAUAAAAAUCAAGGAACAACAUGAUGAACAAUUCCCUAGUAACUCCUCAUUAGUCUAAUUCCUCAUAAAAAAAAUCCUACUAGAGAAUGCAUUAGGAGCUUUAGGAUUCAUUGAUGUCUAUUCAGACUUAGAAUUAUCAUCCAUUCAUGUCAUCACAAGACCAAUAGUCAAGCACUUCUCCUAUAUACCCAAAUGCAAAUACAAAAUCUAAUGCUGAUUUGCUCUCAUCUUGUUUUUCAAAGAACGGGAUGUUCUAAUCAGUAGCCAAUCCACAUUAAAACUCAACACCCCACCUUGAGAUAGAAGAGGAAAUCAGACAGAUGAACUAAGGCAGCAACUAACCACUAAUAUCCUAGCCUUCAACUUAAAAGUAGCAAUUCUUGUCUAAGAAUUUCUCAAUGUCAUCAAUUAAAUACUCAAAGCAAAGUCAGAAUAACACCAUGAAUUCAUUCACACCUAUUUAAACUCAAGAAAAUCCUAUCCCCAAUAACGUAGAUCAGACUAGGAACAGCAAUCUCACCAUUAACACUUCUAAUACUAGAUCUGCUUACCCCCUGGUAAGUGCCAAUCGAAUAAACUAUAAUAGCACUAACUCAGAAUCAUAAAGCCAGCACUCUCGUUAAAAUACCUUAAUGGACUACAAGAGAAGCGAAAUCAGAAUCAAUAAUCAUGCUAGUAAUAAUUUAAUCGAUAAAAAUCAUAGUAAUCAAAAGUAAGAUUGCAAUAAAAGGAGAAGCUUAAAUAGAGUGCUUUCUAUGCAGAUAUUGAACAAUAAUGGCCUCUAAGGAGGCAAUCAUCUCUAUGGUUCUUUUGACUAGAACUUCCCAGUCCUAGCUAGAUUGGAAUAGCAAUACUUGAAGAAUCUUUAAACUCUAGGAAAUUAUCCUUCUAGAAGUCCAACAUCAAACGCAAGUUCACUGGAAUAAGAAUCUUAAUUUGGAAAUGUGCAGGUCUAUUCACCAGAAGAUAGCAACAAUCAAAAACUGUACAUAAUCAGUUCAAGAUGGUUUAUCAACUGGUUCCAAGCCUACUCUGCGAACAAAUUCUUCCUUCCUCAAAAGAUCACAAAUAUUGAUGCAAUGGAUUUAGAGAAAAUGACGAUCAAACCAAAAGCUAUUCCGAAUCUAGAUUACUUCAUAAUAAACUUUGAGAUUUGGAGUUCUCUGAUGAAUUUAUAUGGCGCAGAUUAUGAGAUUUAACUUAGCAAGUUCUCCAUAAGUAUUAUCGAUUUGGGUCAAGAUGACACAACACCAAGGCACUCCUCUUUCCUAGAUGUACCAAAUGAACUCUCUUUCUAUCACGAUAACCUCACUGCUAUAUUGAAUAGUGUCAAGUUUAGUACCUUAUAGUAAUUGCCACACACAACUAGAACAAGACCACUCUCAGAUGAUAUGACCUUGUAGCAAUAGGAAAUGCUUCAGCAGUAAUACAAAGAGCUAAACGAUAUAAAGCUAUAAAAUGAGAAUUUGAAGUACUAGCAGUAUCAAUAGCAGAGAGAAGAAAGUCUAAAGAGAGAUAUCACUAAGAAGAACAACAUAAUAUACAUGAAUAAGUGA